UGUUAUUCGAAUUGUUAAUAAUAUUGGAUUUGAACUGUGAUACUUAGCCAGGAUGUCCAUUAGAAUUGCUUAUGCAGGAUUUAUUUUAGAGCCAGGCAAGCUGAUUCCAAAGUGCAGGUGAAGAAGUAAGCUAGCAAAAAUGGCCAUGACAAUUCUGAAAGAAAAACCCCAUGAGGGGAUCAUGAAACAGCCCCAUUAGCUUUAAGUUCCAUAUUAAAAUUGUGGUAAUGAUGCAUAACCCAUGAGACAUGCCAACGGGCAGAAUAUAAAGACUAGGAUAGGCCUACAUUCCUAGGGGCGCUUCAUUUUUGCUCAGGAGAGAAUUUUAAAUCAGUGAGGAAAAGAGGAUGUAUUUUCUACAAAUGGAACAUGUCCUUCAGAAGUUAAACAUCUGAAUGACAGCAACAGAGCUGGGAUCCGUGUCUCCCAACGGCCAAGGUUGGGCUUCCAACUUCCAAAUUCCAGGCAGGAUGGCCCAAAACAUGGUGACCGUGAAUGGUGUUGCUGUGUCCUCUACGCCAUCCCAGCCCACCCACAUCAAUAUCCACAUCCACCAGGAAUCAGCUUUGACACAACUGCUAAAAGCCGGAGAUUCUCUGAAGCAGUUUCUUUUCCGUCCUGGCGACACUGUACCUUCCAGAGCCGGGAUAAGUUAUGAGCAGCUGGCUCUAGGGAUAACUCAGAUAUUGCUGGGGCUGGUGAGCUGUGUCCUUGGAGUGUGUUUCUGCUUGGGGCCCUGGACUGUGCUUCGUGCCUCAGGCUGUGCCUUCUGGGUGGGAUCUGCGGCGAUUGCAGCAGGAGCUGGGGCCAUUGUCCAUGAGAAGCGCCGGGGCAAACUUGCUGGCUACAUAUCCAGCCUGCUCACUCUGGCAGGCUUUGCUACAGCUGUGGCUGCUGUUGUUCUCUGUGUGAACAGCUUCAUCUGGCAAACUAAUGACCUUUCCUACAUCGACACUGUGUGUGAUUUCCCGGACCCUGUCAUCCCUACCCCUGAGUACGGAUGGAUGCGACAAGCAAGUCAAGAGAUCAGUUGGCAGAAGAUAGACUGUAGAGAUCACAUGCAGUUGCUGAGGAGGUUGUUCACAGCAAUCUGUGCCCUCUUCCUGGCUGUCUGUAUCUUGAAGGUCAUUGUGUCCUUGGCUUCCCUGGGAGUGGGUCUUCGAAACUUGUGUGGUUGGAGGAGCUCCCCACCCCUGGAUGAGGAAGGAUCAGAGAAGAGGCUAUUGGGGGAGAAUUCAGUGCCCCCCUCUCCCUCUAGGGAGCAGCCACCCCCUGCCAUGGUCCUGUGAGCUGCCAAAGACCCCACCGGGUGCCUGCAUGUCCCUGUCUGGGCCAGCCCAGGGCCCCCACUGCCUGGUUCCUCACACUGCCUCCUCUGUGGCCACUGUCCAGCCCCUGCUUUCUUCUCCCCACAGCAUUGGCACCUGCUGUUCCCACUCUGCGGUUCUCAAGUCCAGUAACAGAUAUUGUCGCAUUUUCCCCAAUGCUGAUUAAACAUAAACAAUCCAGAAAAGCAAUUUUGCCCAGAAA